AUGGUGUCCUGGACCAGACCCUGCAGGUUCUCUCUCAUUGCUGCUGUGUUUGUGUGUCUAUAGGAACCGGAUCGCUGCAGCGGCUGAUGAGGACGCUCGCAGCCUCAUUGGCACAUGUCCCGGCGGGGUGGAGCGUAGCGGGUGCAGGCUCUUGAUUUGCGGUCUUGUUUUGUCAGCCUCGCCAACAGUACAGCUGCAUCGGCCGUAGGGAGCGGAGGGCAGCACGUAGACACGCACUGUGAAGGGAGCGGCGUGGAUGUUAUUAUUUUCAACUGUUAUCAGACGCGAGGAAAGCGGGGAACAACCAGGGUCCUGGUUCCUGCAACUGUGUUAGUGCCCGCUUUCUUUAAGGGAGAGUGAUUCUGGACUGAAUCAGCGCCGAGGAUACAGAAAGAUUAUUAGUGUUUUUCUGUGCUCAUCUUUUUUUCUUUUUCUUUUUUUGAGUGCUGACACAGUAGCUACUGAAGGAGUGUUUUAACCGUGGAGCUUCUUCUACGACAAAUGGAUACGAGUGCGUGAGGAGAAUACUAAUGAACGGCGCGCUGCGUCCUACCGAGGCGCACCGUGUCCCCCGCUGCUGCUGCUGAGGGCCACAGCAGAGCCGAUCAUUCGUCCAGGGCCUGCGCACCUCUCCUGUCUCUCGACUUGAGGAUUUUUACACCUUCAAUCCAGGGAUUAUUGAGCUGGAUCUGAGCUCUAGCGCUGCUUCACUUUCCAAAGAACACUCCGGGAGCUGCUGAGGGGGGGAAACGCCAACAUGGGCAACAGCUUCUCCAACAUCUCUGCCUUCCAGUCUCUCCACAUCGUCAUGCUGGGGUUAGACUCCGCUGGAAAGACCACGGUUCUCUACAGACUCAAAUUCAACGAGUUCGUCAACACGGUUCCCACGAUCGGCUUCAACACGGAGAAGAUCAAGCUGAGCAAUGGCACGGCGAAGGGCAUCAGCUGUCAUUUCUGGGACGUCGGGGGCCAGGAGAAGCUGCGGCCCCUGUGGAAGUCCUACAGCCGGUGCACCGACGGUAUCAUUUACGUCGUGGACUCUGUGGACGUGGACAGGCUGGAGGAGGCAAAGACCGAGCUGCACAAAGUCACCAAGUUCGCGGAGAACCAGGGCACGCCGCUGCUGGUCAUCGCUAACAAACAGGACCUGCCCAAGUCUCUGCCGGUGGCGGACAUCGAGAAGCAGCUGGCUCUGCACGAGCUCACCCCCGCCACCACCUACCACAUCCAACCUGCGUGCGCUAUUAUAGGCGAGGGGCUUCACGAAGGCAUGGACAAACUGUACGAGAUGAUACUGAAGAGAAGGAAAUCCCUGAAACAGAAGAAGAAGCGGUAACGACUGCUGAAUCUGGACGUUACUGUGAGGAAUCCGGGUUCUGCCAGUGUUGCCCUAAACAGCUUGACUUUGCAGUGAUUUAUUAUUAUUAUUAUUAUACAUCCUAUGUUUGGAUUAAAGCUGUUCGACCUGUGAAGCCCUGCUGAAGAUGCUUUUGCACACAGGAGGCUGCCCCAGCGGCUGCAGGAUAUAAACACACAACAUUAAUGUAACCAAAAAAACAAAAGAAAAGAAGGACAAAUUAACCUUGAAAUGACUCUUUGGAGCUUUCAGUGCUGAGGAUGAGGAACGGGCUGGCCCGUUUUAUAUGCUGCUUAUCUUCAACUUUGAACACAGUUUGACUGAAGAGGAGGCUAUGGGCUCACCUAGGACUGCUUUUGUGAACACAGAUGUUUUUUUUUUUUUUUAAUUAUUUCCAUCCACAGGACGUCUUUGUGGAAACACAAGUUUGAUUUUGCACGUGGCUCGGGUCCCUUCUGCCCCUGCCCUUCUUGUUUUUAUUUUUUAUUCUUACACAGACAUCUGUAGCAUCAGUCUUUGAUUAUGGAUAGCAGACUGUCUUUUUUUGGGAGCAUUGAAGUAGCCUUUCCUCUGCAUGGUGGACUGAAGUCAGAGUCCGCUACUUUGCACUUUUCAUUUGCUAACAAACAGUAGAGAACUACACUGUAUUAAUAGAGGUGCCGAUCCAGGAGGUUUAUGUACCAAGAAGCCAAAAUUGAAGUAUUUUUUGAAUAUUAAAAGAUUUUAAAUCCA